ACGUUUUCUCCUGAUACCUUCCAGAGUGAUGUCGCUAGUUCAGACCAUCAUCAUGAAGAAAACUCGAGAAUGACAACCGCCACUUUCCUCAAUCGAUUUCUGAGGAAGUAUGUGUUCACUGUGGAAUCCCUGCUGUUUAUCGGCCUUCUGAUAUUUCUGUAUCAUUCGAGUUCUAUUUGGCAAUACAUACUGUCGAAAGGCAAACAAACUGACCCCGACAUUGGAAUAAAUGAGAAUCCCGUACACCAUGAACAUAUUUUCCCACCAGAGCAGUUAGGUCGUGUGGCAUGGGAGUUACAAAAAGAUCUUGCUGCUGCUUAUGCACUUCAGGGAAGGCGGCCCCAUAUGGAGGACAGAUUUAACAUUGUCAGUGACCUUGAACAAACUGGGAUAUCUCUUUUUGGCAUUUUUGAUGGACAUGGUGGAGAGUUUGCUGCUGAGUUUACGGAGAAAACGCUGUUCAAGUAUUUAUUGAUUAGAAUCAUCAGUGCUGAGCUAGACGAGCAAACAGAAAACUUUACUCAGAUGAUAAUGGAGGAAGUUAAUCGGGUGGACACCCAACUGAUAAAGGCAGCAAAAGCCAACUCGGAUAUAUCAGGAACAACAGCCCUAUUUGCUCUUUUGAAAGGAGAUAUUUUGACUGUGGCCAAUGUAGGAGACUCACGUGGCGUAAUUUGUGAUAAAAACAGCAAAGCAAUACCUCUGUCUUAUGACCACAAACCUUACAAUAUAAAGGAGCGUCAAAGAAUCAAAGAAGUUGGAGGUUUUAUCAGUUUCAAUGGCGUCUGGCGUGUUGCAGGAGUGCUAGCCACAUCUCGAGCAUUAGGAGAUUUUCCAUUGAAGGAUACCAAAAUGGUGAUUGCCGAUCCAGAUAUACUGACGUUCAACCUUAAGUUCCUUCAGCCAUAUUUCAUGAUACUGGCAUCUGAUGGACUUUGGGAUGUAUUCUCAAAUCAAGAGGCUGUAGACUUUAUAAAAGAUCGCCUUCAUGAACCUCUUUUUGGUGCAAAAAGCCUAGUUUUACAGGCAUACUACAGGGGAUCCUCAGACAAUAUAUCAGUUAUGGUGGUUAACUUUAGUAGAGGUGGAAUUUCCAAAUUCACCAGCAAACAUUCCUAAUAAAAUAAUUUUUUCUGCCUUUUUGAUCACCUAAGCUUAAAGCUCAAGUGAGCUUUUCUGAUUAAAAUUUGUCCGUUGUCUGUUGUCGUAUGCGCGUGCAUUGUCGUUGUUGUAAACUAUUUAAAUUAUCAUCAAAUUAUCAUCUUCUCAAGAACCAGGCUGAUUUCAACCAAACUUGGCACAAAGCAUCACUUGGUAAAGGGAAUUUGGGUUUGUUCAAAUGAAGGACCACGCCCUCUUUACAGGGGAGAAAAUUAAGAAUGAUUUAUUUUGAGUAUUUUUAAAACAUUUUCUAAAAAAUUAUUAGGCCAGAAAAGCUUAAACUUGUGUGGAGGCAUCGUUAGGUAGUGUAGAUUCAAGUUUGUUCAAAUCAUGGUCCUGGGGGUAGGGUGGGCCACUAUAGGGGGUCGAAUUUUUACAUGGGAAUAUAAAGAGGUAUCUUUAAAAAUCUUCUUCAAAACCAUUUGGUCGUAAAACUUAAACUUGUUUGGAAGCAUCCUCAGAUAGUGUACAUUCAGUGUUUGUUUAAACCAUGAUCCCCGGGAUAGGAUGGGGCCACAUUUGGGGGGGGGGGGGGGGGGGUGAAAAUUUUAAAUGGGAAGAUAUAGAGAAUCUUUAAAAUCAUCUGAAAAAGUGUUCACUCCAAAAAGCAGUAACUUGUGUAAAAGCACAGGUUGCAGUGCAGAUUAAAGUUUGAUCAAAUCAUGAUUCCUUAGAGAAAAGUGUUUUUUUUUUGUUUUUUUUUUGGGGGGGGGGGGGAAGGGGGGUAUAUAGGAAUAUUAAUAGAGAAAAAUAUUCUUACAAAUACUUAAGCAACAAAAAGGGGUUGGUAUUUAUCAUAAAAAUAUGUGGAUGAAAAUUGACAAAUUUUUAAAAAUAUUUUAAGGAAGAUCUACUGUACUUAGUUGUCAAAAUAUUUUGAUUUUGAGACUGCAAUGCUGAUUGGAUCAGAGUUUAGGCUAUUGUUGUUCUGGUGAGUGAUGUGGCCUCUGGGCCUCUUGUUCUUUAAGUUUACCUCAAACAUUGGCUCAACUGCAUGAGCGUUUCUGAUAUUAAAAAAAAUUGCAGUGUCUGUUUUGAACAUUUAUAUUUUCUCUAGAAAUUCUAGUGUAACGAAGAAAAGUGACCCCAAUUAUAUGAUUAAACGAUGACCCAAGGUCAACUUAUUUUACAAGUAGGGUCCUUUUUCUCGACCAUAGAAUACCAUUCCUUAUUAAAUUGUUCAAUGAAAACGUUUUAUGGUGAAGAAUGUUUCCAUUGAAAGAUGAAGGA